AUGUUCUCCACGACCUGCCACCAACACGCCUCGCUGCUGCUAUUCCUGCCCAGGUCACCUGUUGACCUGACAGCCAAGUGUCAGGGGAGAGUGCACAUGUCAGCUGCAGUUAACGUGGGCAUCGGUCUGGAGGUCUCCAACCCUCUGAAGAUGUACGGCCUGUACCUGGAAGCAGUCAACGAUUACAUCAAUGAGUCCUACGGAGAGGAUGUGUGGAGACUGAUCGAGAACCGAGCAGAGAUCCCGCACCUCAAGUUUGUUCGACAUCAGAUGUACAACGACAAUCUGAUCCUGCGACUGGCGAAGGCAGCAGGAGAGGUUCUGGGAAAAACCCACGAUGAGCUGAUGUACGCCUUCGGGGUCUACAUGGUGAAGAGGAUCGGUAACUACGGAUACGAGCGGAUCCUCAAGGUUUUGGGGCGAAAUGUGCGCGACUUCAUCAACGAGCUGGACAACCUGCACGAGUACUUUCGCUUCUCCUUCCCCAAAGUUCAGCCGCCGAGCUUCUGCGUGGAGGAGGAGUGCGAGACGAGCCUGACGCUGCACUACCGCAGCACACGCAAGGGCUUCACUCAGUUCGUCAAAGGACAGCUCUCUCAAGUGGGACGCCAAUUCUACAACACAGACAUCGAAGUGGAAAUCCUGUCCAAAGAGGAGACGGAGAAGAUGACGUAUGUGGUUUAUAAGAUGAACUUUGACAACGCCGCCUUCAAACACCGCAUGCCGCAGCAGAAGACGGCGCCGGGCUACGAGAAGCUGCCGAUGAAGCGAGGCAUCUUUUUCGACAUGUUCCCCUUCAGCGUCAUCUUCCGCCGCGACAUGACCAUGUACCGCAUCGGUGACGGCCUCAAAGAGGUCUUCUCCGACCUGCAGGGCAAAAAGGUCAACGAGGAGUUCACUCUGAUUCGACCCAUGCUGGAGUUCAGCUGGGACAACAUCUACACCCACCUGAACAACGUGUUUGAGCUGCUGUCCAAAGCAGUGGUGGAGAGCAAGCAGAAGGUCAACAUCCCCAAACUGAGCACAGAGGAGCCAGAGGAGAAGGAAGACAACGAGAAGGCGAAGAGGGAAGAGGAGAGAGCAGAGGCGAAGGCGGUGGAGGAGAUGAAGGGCACAGACCAGGAGUACAGCAACCCUCUGACUCAGUACAACAGCUUUGCAAACUCUGGAGGCGAAGACAUCGAGCUGCUGGCGUUCCAGACCGUCACCGGGAAGUGCUGUGAGACCAUCUUUGAGGACAUGAGGGAGCCUCCAAAGAAACCUCUGCACCUGAAGGGCCAGAUGAAGUACGUCCCCCAGUGGGACUCCCUCAUCUUCCUGGGGACACCCAUCAUUGAGACGGUGGAGGACAUGAUAAAGAUGGGCGUGUACGUGAAUGACCUGAACCUGCACGACUCCAGCAGAGAGCUGAUUCUGGCCGGGACACAACAGUCGGCUGAGCUGCAGCUGGCGCUCGACCAGGAGCAACAAAAAUACGCUCAGCUGCAGGAAAUCAUCAAGAAGCUGGACGAGGAGAAGAAGAGAGGAGACUCUCUGCUGUACGCCAUGAUCCCUAAAGCUGUGGCUGACCGCCUCAGGAAGGGGAUCACCGCACUGGAGACGUGCCAGGUGUUUCCAGAUGUGACCAUCCUGUUCAGCGACGUGGUCAAGUUUAACGAGAUCUGCAUCCACAUCACACCCAUGCAGGUGGUGGACAUGCUCAAUGAGAUCUACAUCGUCUUCGACACGCUCAGCGAGAAACACAACGUCUACAAGGUGGAGACGAUUCGUGACGCCUACAUGGUGGUGGCUGGCGUGCCCAACAAGACCACCUUUCACGCACACCAUAUCUGCGACAUGGCCCUGGACAUGCUGAGCUCCAUCGACCACCUUAAAGACCCGUCCACCGGAGACAACAUCCAGAUCAGAGUCGGUAUUCACUCAGGUAUGGUGGUGGCGGGCGUGGUGGGUCUGAAGAUGCCUCGCUACUGUCUGUUCGGGGACACAGGCAUGCAGAUCCACAUCAGUCAGACCACCAAAGACCACCUGGAACAUGAGCCCUACAUCAUCGAGGAGCGGGGGAAGAUCUUUGUGAAGGGUAAAGGCUACAUGAAGACCUACUGGCUGAAAGGAAAGAAAGAUCUAUCAUUCAAGACCCCGGCCGAGCUGCGCUACAGCGGCGAGCAGAAAGACUCUGAGGACAAGAGCUCUAAUGGCUCCACAAGCACCAACGCCAAACACCUGGGCUCCAACUUCCACAUCACCAGCAACGAGGAGCAAGCUGAAGGGAAGCCGAGCCCCAGCGACCUCCCCCUGGACACCCUGCCCCCACCAGAGGCCGCCAACGAGCCCACCGCCACGUCAGCCGAGCCGCAGGAGAGGGAGAAAGCCAAAAAGACUAAAAACAACAAGAUGGCCAAGCUGGAGGUGGCCCAAGGAAACACGAGGCCGGAGUCUUCGUCACCUGCAGACGGCCUGGAGAACCCGGGUCCUUUACUGAGCAUCAAGAGGAACAGCUUCAGGCAGCAGUACGCCAAGCUGCCCGCCAACCUGCCCAUGCGCAGCGCCUCCUGCUCCAUCCUGUGA